GUGAACCAUGAAAUGAAUUAUACUCCAUGCUCUACCACGUGGUUGAGGGACCGUGGUUCCAUUGGAGGCUGUGACGUAAAGAAGCUAAGUUGCAAAUUCUUAAUGGAAGUACCAAAAGAUACAAUUUAUUUGAGGGACUAUGAAACCAACGAAUUAGCCAGUGAUGCCGUUAGAUCAGGAGAAAUUUGGGGAUUUUUAUCGUUUCCUGAAAACUUCUCGGAAAACGUGUACGAACGGGCGGUGGGGGCCAACACGAUAGAAAAUGAGACUCUAUAAGGAUCCUAUGUCAAUGUCGUGAUGGACUAUUCAAAUUUCAUUCUACAUCAAGAAAGAACUUUACGACGCGUUUGAAAGAUUUCUUAAAGGGAUGUUAAUUAAUUGCGGGUUUUAUAAAGAGUUGGCAGAAUCUCCGAUUCGGUAUUUGGAUGGCGUGUAUGGAACUGAUGACACCGGUUUUAAAGAAUUCAUCGCCCCCGGCAUACUUUUAUGUGUGAUCUUCUUCUUUCCGCUGUGCUCGAGUGAAACUGCUUACAUUUGGGAUAAGAAGCAGGGAACUUUGGAGAGAAGUAUGGUUGCAGGAGUGCAAAGCUGGGAAAUCAUGACUUCGUUUCUUGCCACGGAAGGAAUCGUGGUCGUGAUUCAGUGUUUCGUCUCAUUCUUCAUGAUCAUUUACAUUUUCGAGAUCGAGAUUUUGGAGUCCUUCGCGUUAUCCGUGAUGAUCACAAUAAUGAUGGGGCUCGCCGGAGUUAGCAUGGGAUUUUUGCUCGCUUCAUUCUGCGAUGAGGAGAUUGAGGCCGUUAUGCUCUCGAUAGCAACAUUUUUUCCAAACAUGAUUCUCUCCGGAAUACUCUGGCCGAUUGAAGGAAUGCCACUUGCCAUGCAAUAUAUUACAUACUUCCUCCCGAGCAGAUUGGCUUCUGAAUCCAUCCGUUCAAUCGUAACGAGAGGAUGGGAAUUUAGUCAUAUCGGGGUGUGGCCAGGAUUCUUAGCAACGGCAGGAUGGAUCACAUUCUACUGGGUACUGACCUUGUUAAUUCAUAAGUUUAGAUUUUCCCAGAGAUAAAUAAUUACUACGAGGCAGUUAGUGAUAUCCAUUCCAAUUACUCGUAAUAUGAAAUUGGUACAUACAUACAAACAUACAUAUCAAAGUCACAAUUUUUAUUAAAUUUGUUAAUAAAUUUUAAAUCUUGACAA